GCUGAACCACUGAGUUCGGUAUUCACGAUGUUCUGACGUGUGGUCAGGAUGAACGGUAACCAGUUUCCAGGAUGGAGGUGUCACCUGGCCACUGAAAGCCCCCUGUGAUGGGGGGCUUUCCCAGCUGCAGCUCCAGCCCUGCCCCCGCUCGCACCCUGCCCCGGGCACUAGCCCCAUCUCCCAGCUCAACUCCGUUCCUUAAUGGGCAUUUCCUGAAUACCUACUGUGUGCCAAGCAAGGUCCUGCCUCCAUCCAUCGAGGCCCAGCGCUGGCGCAGUGAGAACUUCGAGAGGCCAGUGGACCUGGAGGGCUCUGGGGAUGAUGACUCCUUCCCCGAUGACGAGCUGGACGACCUCUACUCUGGGUCGGGCUCGGGCUACUUCGAGCAGGAGUCGGGCAUCGAGACAGCCAUGCGGUUCAGCCCAGAUGUGGCCAUGGCAGUGUCCACCACCCCUGCAGUGCUUCCCACCAUGGACAUCCAGCCUGUGGGCACCCCGUUUGAAGAGCUCCCCUCCGAGCACCCCACCCCGGAGCCAGCCACCAGCCCCCCAGUGGUGACGGAGGUCCCAGAAGAGCCCAGCCAGCGAGCCACCACCAUCUCCACGCCCACAGCUACCACCGCUGCCACAACUGCGGGGUCCCUGACUGUGGCCACAGUGCCCGCCACGGUGGCCACCGCCACCCGCAGUGUGCCUGCGGCACCCCCAUCCACGGCCAUCACCUCUGUCAUAAGGACCACCGACGUACGGAGGCUCCUGCCUCUUCCGUUGACCACGGCAACCACGGCCCGGGCCACCACCCCAGCGGCGCCCUCCCCUCCCACCACGGUGGCUGUCUUGGACACGGAGGCCCCAACACCCAGGCUGGUCAGCACAGCUACCUCUAGGCCAAGGGCCCUUCCCAGGCCAACCACCACCCAGGAGCCUGACAGCCCUGAGAAGAGCACCUUGCCCCUGGGGACCACGGCCCCUGGACCCACGGAAGUGGCUCAGACCCCAACUCCAGAGUCCAUCCUGACCACGAUCCGGGAUGAGUCAGAGGUGCCCGUGAGCGGGGGCCCCAGCGGGGACUUUGAGCUGCCAGAGGAAGAGACGACGCAGCCAGACACGGCCAAUGAGGUGGUGGCUGUGGGCGGAGCCGAGGCCAAGCCAUCCCCUCCACCUGGGGCACUGCCCAAGGGUGCUCGCCCAGGCCCUGGCCUCCUGGACAAUGCCAUCGACUCAGGCAGCUCAGCCGCCCAGCUGCCUCAGAAGAGCAUCCUAGAGCGGAAGGAGGUGCUCGUAGCUGUGAUUGUAGGUGGGGUGGUGGGCGCCCUGUUCGCUGCCUUCCUGGUCACUCUGCUCAUCUACCGCAUGAAGAAGAAGGAUGAGGGCAGCUACACAUUGGAGGAGCCCAAGCAGGCCAGCGUCACGUACCAGAAGCCUGACAAGCAGGAGGAGUUCUAUGCCUAGCGGAGCCACAGUGCCUCCCAUAGCCUCAGCGUCACCCCUCCGCCUAGUCCCCGGCCCGGCCCCACCAGCCCUGGCCUGGGACUGAGCCUGGGAGGGAGCCUAGCCCAGGUUCAUCCCUGCCCGCCCUCCCAGGGUCUGCCCAGACUGCCAGCCUCACACAGAUCUUACCUGAGGGACAGGGGGGCGUGACCAUCAGCCCUUGACUGUGCCCUUACGAGCUCAUCUCUUGUCCCCUGCCCUCCCCGCAAUCAGCCUGGGGCUUCAGGACCUUGUGUCAGCCGGACAGGAGGAAGGAGGCUCUGUAUUGGCUGGUAGAAAGAAGGGGUGGGGCUUGAGAUGGGCUCCAGGCCCCAACCUGGCCCCCCUACCAGGGCUAGCUGAGGUCUCCUUUCGGAGGUGGAGGAGCACAUGGGCUGAUUUCUAGGACAAGCUUUUGGCAAGCUCAGCCCUCAAAAUCAUCGAGACACACCACAGCCUCUCGCUACUGUCCCAGCAGCCCUCUCUGCCCAGGAGAGACGGGACCUCUCGUCACCAGCCUGUUCUGCCCUGGCCUGUCCAGGGUUGUGGGGCCAUUCUCCCCUCGCCCCUGCCCAGUGCCCGUGUACCGCAGGCCUCACCUCAUCCCAGUGUGCCCCUAAGGAAUGGACCUCCUCUGGACGGGCAGCCACUGGUGAGGUGGGGCUGGGCUGCUUGGGCCUCCCUCCCUCUAGCAGGUGCCCCCUGCACGGAUGCCAUCUCCCACACCGUCACCUGUAACAUCACAUGCCAAGACAAAAGCGUGGGAUGACAAAAUCUGACGCAGUUCCCACCACCCGCCAAUGCAGACACAUCACAGACACAUGCUUCCAAAGAUGAUGUUUAUUCUCAUGUUCUUCUCACGUCCCCCCCCCCCAUGCUUAUAACAAUGCAAGCCGCUAGUCAUCGUCACCUGACGGUGACAGUGUGGCCUGGCCCUCUCUCGGUCCUCCUCCCCCAUGCACGUGUCUCCAGCUUGCGGGCUCACUGGAGAGGGUCGAGCUGGAACCGUCAGCCCAUAUUGGGUCCCCUGAGUUGCUCUGCCACGCUCAGCCCCUCACCGCGACGCCAACACCCACCACACGGCCGCCAACCCCAGCAUGUCAGAUACAACCCCAUGUGGAUGCACAAUCUUACCCACCCUGCCCCGCGCUUGCGCUGGAGGGGAACCAGUGGGCACGUGUGGGGGGGAGGGGGAUGUUGCCACAACCCCUCCCCCCCAGGGCAUUGCACGUUGGUGGGAUGGGUGGGGCCUGCUCGCCUCCUCUCUGUAGCUCGCCAAGGGGUAAGUUCAGGGCCAGUCACACCCCGCCCCCUGCCUCUAGCUAGGAGCCUUGCUGAGGAAGGCAGGCUGGUUUCUGGAAUGCGACCACCAGGCCGUGAAGUGGACUUGGGUCACCCAGGGCCACAAGGCCUGGGUGGGGAGAGGGGUGUGCGGCCUGGCUCCCGGCCUCCCUGAACCCUCUCCUGCUCUGAGCUCGGGGCUGACUCUGCCUCCCAGGACACAAGUCUCCAAAGUGCCUGCGAGGGUGGGCCCUGGUGACUGGGCCUCCUGCACCCUCCCCGGGGCCUCGCUGGGCCCGCCUUGGUCCCACCCUGGGGUCCUCCUCUGUGGACACCUGCCCACUCAUUGGCCAGACAAGAUGACGGACCUCCCAGCCGCAGCUGGAUGGACCUGCAGCUGGAAGCAGGCCAUCCAGCACACUGCCCCAGGCCGGGAGCUGAGCAGGAGGGGUCAGGGGCGUCCCAGACCUCGGCCCACCUCCCCCUUCUGUGUUACCCUUGGGCGGGGGGGCCACUUCUGUAGGUAUUUUAAAUGUAGGGUCAUAGAUCUCUUUUGGGGAGGAGGGUGUGGUUGGUGGGGGCUCCUGAGGCCACAGGAUGUGGUCUGAGUUGCGGUUGGCUGGUGCUCACCCCCCCCACCCCAUCCCUCACUUUGAACCCAGAUUAAAGUCAGGAACCCAGCUUUUAUUUCUCUUCCCUUUUCUAGACUCCCUGACAGCAGAUGUCUGCAGGGUGAGGGGUGGGGGUGCCCGAGGCGGUGAGAGCAAGGCUCCAGGGAACUUCCACACCCCAUCUUUGGCACCAUCCUGCUUCCGGGCUGGGGCUCCGUCUUUUGGACUCAGUGUCCCCACUGGGCAGGGCCUGGAGGCCUGUGAGGGACCCAGUUAGUCCCAAACUUUGAGAUGGGCUGGAGUGAGGGGAGGCACCCUGAGCCUGUGAUUUGGUGAAGGCGAGGCGGCCUGGUCAGUCUUCCCUGGAGCGGAAGAGCUGUGGGCCAGGGGACCAAAGUCCUGGCCUCCCUCUACCCUGCUUUCUGGUGGGCUGCUGUCUGGGGACCAGCAGCUCUGGUGACAAGGCCUGGGCAGGCCAAGGCUGAGAAGCCAGGGAGCAUGGAGGGGAGGGGACGUGAACCCAGGGAUGGUGGGCAUGGGGUAGGAGACCCCUGCAAGGGCCACACAUAGCCCAUGGAGGGGCGGAGCCCAGCAGGGAUGGAUGAGCUGGGCUUGGUUGGGCUGGGGUGGGCUUGGCGUGGCCCACAGGGAUGCAGUCUGGUCCCAGCAGGCCUGACCCCACCACGUCCUGAGGCCUGGCUUCUAACUUAGGACUUGGGGCUUUGCCUCCUGGCACUGGCCUCUUCUCUCUGUCCUUAGCAUUUCAGAGAAGGGGCCAAGGGCCUUGUUCAUGGAGCCCUGGACCUGAGCCCAAUGCCCAGGCUUUUAUCCUCAUGAAAUUGAACACAGUCUGACUGGCCCAAGUGCACUCUGGCCAGCCCGGCUCGGGCAAGGCAGUCCAGGAGAGAGGUCGGUUAGAAGGAUGAGCUGGGACUCUCCCAGGUGCAAUGUGGGUGCAGGGCUCUCACCCUGCCUGGGCGCAAAAUGGGAUGCGUGCAGCACCUGCCCAGAUAGGCACGAGUGUGCCUGGGGAGGGUGUCCCGCAGGGCCCUGGCAUUUCCUAGAAGCAGGGCACAUUCUAAAGCGGGGGGUGGGGGAGCUUGUGUGGCUGGAGAAUCUGGGGCUCCAGCUGCCAGGGAGGAAGGCUGGGGCCUAGGGGGUUUGGGCCCACGCUCCAGCUGUGACUUCUAGAACCGAGGCUCUGGCUCCCUGAGGGGCCAUGGGAGGGUACCUUUCCUGAAAGGUUUGUCCCCUUGCGCCCUGGAGGUGGAUGGGUGGUAACCAGGACUGGGUGAGGCAGGUCUGUGGUCGGGGACUUGGGGCACUUGGUCCAGACCACCACUGGGGUGGGCAAAGCCGUCUGUCCAGGUUUCCAGGCUGGGGCCCCAGGAACAGGAAGCGGGCCCAUCUCUGCCUCUUGGAUGGGGCAAGAGUGGCCACCACCUCCUGGGCUGUCCCAGAUUUCUCCUGACAGCCACCACACUGGACUUGCUUCCUCAGGCCUCCUGCCUGUAAAUAGAAGCCCACGCACUGUACAGAUUUACAGAGAUGCCGAGACCGGGGCCCGGAGUGGCCGUCCAAGGGCAGAUGGGGCCAGUACCCCCAGUGCCCCUCCCCCCGGCAGCUCUGUGCGCCCAGCCCCAGCGUGGCAAAUACAUGUAAAUAUUUUUCGUAGGCGGUGUGGCUCCAGAGAGUCCCCUGAAGACAGUGUCCGUCCUGUGCGUCCUUUCUCCUGUACAGAGCCCUUCACGCCCCCGGCCCCGGGGUGGGUGGGAAUGUGUCCUUCCCUGCCCCCAAGCCUUCCCUGCCCUCUCCACCCCCCCCCCAAUAACCUGUUUAUUAACCAUACCUGUCCUGAGUUCAUGGCCAAAUCUCUAAAUAAGGAAAAGCGGAGGGGAAAAGACUGGAAAAAGAGACCCAGGUGCCUGCCCCGCCCCCCGGGGGUCCUCACCUGUCCCAGCCUUGUGAAGGAGCUAUUUGGGGUUUUUUGUUUGUUUUUCUUUUCUUUUCUUUUCUUUUUUUUAACACUUCCCGUGCUGUGCCCAUUUAUAAGAGGAAAUAAACUUAAGCUGAAAGGAUA